CUGCCCCUCCCGUCCACCCCCACGUUCCGCGUUGCUGUUCUAUUACAACCCCAGAUGUCAUUCUCGAAGGAAGAUGGCCGGCUCAGAGCCCGAACAUAGCCAGCAGUCCUCCUGCAGCGCAAUGGAACCAUGUACAAAGAUUUGUGAAAUGGGCCUCAACAAUAGGAGGUCACAACAUUGGGAAGAUUCUUAUCGCAAACCGAGGAGAAAUUGCAUGCAGAGUGAUGCGAACAGCAAAGAAAAUGGGUGUGAAGUCUGUAGCAGUUUAUAGUGAAGCAGACAGAAAUUCCAUGCAUGUAGCAAUGGCAGAUGAAGCAUAUUGCAUUGGUCCAGCACCCUCACAGCAGAGUUACUUGGCCAUGGAGAAAAUAAUGCAGGUGGCCAAGGUCUCAGCAGCUCAGGCUAUUCAUCCAGGUUAUGGUUUCCUCUCAGAAAACACAGAGUUUGCAGAAUUAUGCAAGCAAGAAGGAAUCAUCUUCAUAGGUCCGCCUUCAUCUGCUAUCAGAGAUAUGGGUAUUAAGAGCACUUCCAAAGCUAUAAUGUCUGCUGCUGGCGUUCCUGUUGUUGAAGGUUAUCAUGGAGAAGAUCAAUCAGAUGAGUGUCUAAAGGAACAUGCCAAGAGAAUAGGAUAUCCAGUAAUGAUUAAAGCUGUUCGUGGAGGUGGAGGGAAGGGCAUGAGAAUUGCUCGCUCGGAAAAGGAGUUUUGGGACCAACUAGAAUCAGCUAGGAGAGAAGCAAAGAAGUCUUUCAAUGAUGAUGCAAUGCUGAUUGAGAAAUUUGUAGAUAAUCCAAGGCAUGUUGAAGUCCAAGUAUUUGGUGACCAGCAUGGCAAUGCAGUGUAUUUAUUUGAAAGAGACUGCAGUGUGCAAAGGAGACAUCAGAAGAUCAUUGAAGAGGCACCAGGGCCAGGAAUUAAUCAUGAAGUUCGAAAGAGACUUGGAGAAGCUGCUGUCAAAGCAGCUAAAGCAGUGAAUUAUGUGGGAGCAGGAACGGUGGAAUUUAUUAUGGACUCUCGACAUAAUUUUUACUUCAUGGAGAUGAAUACCAGACUGCAAGUAGAGCACCCAGUUACAGAAAUGAUCACUGGAACAGACUUGGUGGAAUGGCAGCUUAGGGUCGCAGCAGGAGAGAAGAUUCCCCUAAGGCAGGAGGAGAUUCUGCUCCGGGGCCAUGCGUUUGAAGCUAGAAUAUAUGCUGAAGACCCUAAUAAUAACUUUAUGCCAGGGGCUGGGCCGUUGUUGCACUUAUCCACCCCACCACCUGAUAGUUUCACCAGGAUAGAAACUGGAGUCAGACAAGGUGAUGAGGUUUCUGUUCAUUAUGAUCCAAUGAUUGCAAAGCUAGUUGUUUGGGCUGAGGAUCGUCAAGCAGCACUGAGAAAGUUGCGAUACAGUUUGCACCAAUAUAAUAUUGUAGGAUUAAGCACUAACAUUGAUUUCUUACUGAGCCUGUCAGGACACCCACAGUUUGAGGCUGGAAAUGUGCACACUAAUUUCAUUCCUCAACACUAUGAUGAACUAUUUCCAACCAAAAAGGCAACCCCACAUGAAGUUGUGUGUCAGGCAGCUCUAGGACUCAUACUGAAAGAAAAAAUGCUAACAGAUGCUUUUAGAGAUCAGUCAGAUGAUAAAUUCUCACCAUUUGCAUCCAGCACUGGUAGAAGAAUAAAUAUACGUUAUACUAGAAAACUGUCUCUGCUGGAUGGGGAAAACACUGUGGAAGUAGCUGUAAGUUACAAUCAAGAUGGGUCGUACAACAUGCAGAUUGAAGAUAAAAUGUUCCUGAUUUCUGGAGAGAUCUUCCAUGAAGGUGAUUCAGUUUACUUGAGGUCUUCAGUAAAUGGAACAGUUUGUAAGUCCAAAUUAGUCGUUUUGGACAACACCAUUUAUCUCUUCUUUCCGGAAGGUAGUGCUCAGAUUGGCCUUCCUGUACCCAAGUACUUAUCUGCAGUAAGUUCAGUGGGAACGCAGAGUGGUGCAGUAGCGCCCAUGACAGGCACAGUUGAAAAGGUGUUUGUGAAAGCAGGUGAUAAGGUUCAGAUGGGAGACCCUCUCAUGGUUAUGAUAGCUAUGAAAAUGGAGCAUACCAUAAGGGCUCCAAAGGCAGGAGUGAUAAAAAAGGUUAAUUUCCAGGAAGGUGCCCAGGCCAACAGACACGCUCCACUAGUUGAAUUCGUGGAUGAAGAGGCCGAGUCAAAAUAAAAUUCAAGGAAGGUGCAUUUUACUUUUUCUACUUUGCUGAUUUCUCAGGAGAAGAUUUCUUCGUAUUUUCAGCAAAUUUUUUGUAUAAUAGAUUGGGGAAUAGGUUUCCCCUGCACUUUCUGCAUAGUUUGACUGUAAAUUUUGCUGACUUUACUGAAAUUUGGAUAUCACUAUACUGUAAUCAUAUAUAUAUAACUCGUGGACCUACGUGAUUGUUGUUCAGUGGUUGUGUUUGCCUGUGUAAAGGCAUGAGACUGGAAGAAGAUAUGGAACUCUUAACAGGUGGGAGAAGUUAGUAAGGACUGUAAGUUACAGACAGCUAGGCUUCUUCUGCCUACUUUUUCAUUCACAGCUGCCUUUUUUCCCCUGAGAUGUGAGCACACUGCUUUGAAGGAAGUAUGAAAAGUGACAAUUAUUUUAGGAAUUAAUUUCUGGCAGAAUUCCUGUUUGUGGCCUAUGUUUUUGCCUGAAUAGGGAAUUCAGGGCUGUUCCUUAGCCCAGGAUCCCCCUCAGUCAUUUUUGUUGCAUCUUUUUUUACCAUCUACCUCAAUGAGUAGUGAAACUUUGCAUUUCAAAAAUUAUCACAUUAGCAUUUGCUCCAUUAAUCAAAGUUGGAACACAACUGCUUUCCUAAAAUACCAUUUGGUCUUUAAACAUGAAGUAGUAGCACAGAAAGAUGAUAAGCUUAUUUAAUACUUAGAAAGUGUGCAAAAAUAAAAUACUGACUUCAAAUUCCUCAUUACUUUUCUCAUAUUGUUCAUGUUCUAGUAUAUUACUUAUUGGCUGGAAUGAAGUAUACCAAAGUCUUUAUAACAACAUGGAAUAUUACUAAGAAUAAUAGAUUUUUUUUUUUUAAUUUUGUAUCUGCAGUGUUGCAGAAGGGAAAAUUGGUAGUUUUUUUGAUAUGCAAAGAAAAUAUUUCUCAGAUGCAGCAUACUGAUCAUUUGCCAUAAAUUUAUUUUCACUUGCUUAAAAAGCACCUCAAGCAGGAAGAGGGAAAGAAAAAAUGUUUUAAUUGUUGCACGCUUGCAAAAUCUUUUCACCUUUUAGUUAAGGUGAAGUUCUGCUUGUCAUCUGAACUUUUGAUAUACAAAUUUAAGACAAUAUUAUGUUUUAUACUGCAGAAAGGAACAAACACAGAUGCUGCAGUGAUCCCAAACUUGUAGUUACAUUUGUGCAAAUGGAUCCUUACAGUUACCUGAAAUCUCGUUUCCAAAUCAAUAUACAGUGUCAUGGGGAAUUCUUUGAUUUGAUUCUGUAACUGUGCAGUCUUGCCUGCAAUGCAGACAAAAACUGUAAAAAAGUAAUGCUCUGGAUGGUCUGUAUAUUAGAAGCAUACAGUAAUACUUUUCAAUUUUCCUUGUAAUCCAAUGGCCAUUUAACAAAAAAUUACACUCCAGUGAUCAUCUUGUAGAAUAUUGCCACAGUGAUUAUUAUUUAUUGUCAAAUAAAAAUUAAGUUUAACUUUGAA